UUAUAUUUGUUUGUCCGAACUGAUGCAGUGAGAUUUACUGUAAUUUAGCUCAAAGAGAAAGAUUUUCAAUCGGUUUCAACCCAUGGGCCAAUUAGCCAUUGACUUUCCCCUGCAUCAUGUCACGCCGGAAACAGAAAAGACCUCAGCACUUUUUCAGCCCCAUCCUCAACACUUCGUGGCUACUUCAACAUGAGGAGCAGUUGGCAGUGAAGUCCCUCACCUCUACUCUUGCAAAGAACUCUUCCUGCUCUUUCUCAUACUUAACAACUCAAGGUGGCCAAUCUUCCUUAAACCCAAGCCCACCAGUGGAGAGGCUCACAAAACCUUCUCCGACUCGAGCCAGCCAUUGUGUCUAUCACAUCCCCAGCCAGCCGAUACAAUUUGCUUCAAACGUCACAGAGUCUCACCUUUUCCAAAUUUCUGAUAUCCCAUCACGUUCUGCUAAUCAGUGUAUGACUACCAUUGCACCAUCUAUCCUCUGUACCCACAACCACACUCAUUUACCCAUGGCUUCUCCAGAGUUAGGCGUGUCAGCAACCACAACCUCCUCUUCAACCUCCUCUGCUGCUGCUUCUCUCUAUGUGCCUCCACAUCCUGGAAGUCCCAAUUCUGUACCCCAGGGUCCCCCAAGUCCAAUUACACCCUCUUCCAGCCCAAGCACGGUCCCUUCAGCCCCAGCAUGUGCACCUGUCAGUAUUGCUUUCAUCUUGGAGGAGCUACGUGUGCUGCAGCAGAGGCAAAUUCAUCAGAUGCAGAUGACUGAAGAAAUCUGUAGGCAAGUACUGAGAUUGGGAGGAGAAUCUUGUGAAGUGGAUUCAAAAGCAUUUAUACUACCAUCUCUGCCACAGCUCUGUUUAAAAGGUUCUGGUAACAACCCCAGAUCCUCCAGACCAAAGUCAUCACCUCCCCCUUCCUCUGUGGCUCCUCUUUUAGCCUGUUUCUCAUCCCUGCUACCCCCUCAGACAACCUCUAAGUCCUCCAAACAUGUCCACCCUCUCUCAAAUGUCUUACGUCCCCAUAAAGCACAGUAUGAAAGUGGGGUAGUUACUCCAGCAAGCUUCACCAGUCAUACAAGUGCUUCCACAUCUUCAUCAAUGUCUACACCUGCUGCCUCAAACUAUCCACUCACACUUUCUCUUGGCCCUCCAUCUCAAAAACCAUUCACCAUAGGAGCUAGUGGACACAGUGGUGUGACCUUCCCAAACCAAUCAAUGCCACCAGCUGCUGUCCCUUCAGCCCCCUCACAGGAUCCAAAACUCUCUGCUCAAGGAGGUACAGCUGUCUUAUCGUCCGGGCGUAUGCAGCAUGCAUGCCGAUUUUGUCGGAAACUCUUCAGCAGUGAUUCAUCCCUCCAAAUACACUUGCGUUCACACACAGGGGAGCGUCCUUACCAGUGUCCUGUAUGUUUCAGUCGAUUCACCACACGAGGGAACCUGAAAGUCCACUUCUUGCGGCAUCGUGAGCAAAAUCCUGAACUCUCUUUUUCAUUGUUUCCCUGUUCACUUUUUGCAUCUGUAACUGGAGGAUCAGUGGGAGGAUCAGCACAAACACAGACCUCCACCAAUACAACUGCUACUCAGAGGCAUCAAAAACAACAAGAGGAUGAUCUGUGUGGUGACAGUCCUGAGGGAACUACUGCCUCAACAUGUGCUACAACCUCAUCUCUUCCUCCUAGUAUUGAUUUGGCCCUGCUUACCACUGCACACUCUCUCAUUCAGCUCAAUCGUGCUGCUGCAGCUGCCGCUGCUGCAGCCUCUACAUCCACUACCUCCUCAAUCACAUCCUCAUCACCAUCCACUCUGGCCUCCACACUUCUUUCAGCUCCUGCCUCAUCCACCUCCUCCAUUGCUGGGGUGUAUAAAGGAGUGAAACGCUUUGAUGAGAACACCCCACCAAUACCUACUUUGCUCCCCCAUUCUGCUUACUCACAGCUUGCCAAUUUGCCCAAAAUCUUCUUCCCAGCAUCUUCCAAUCAGCACCAUGCAGGUCAUGGGUAUCUCAGGCCAACAACUCCAGCUGGAUCGUUCCUGCCAUCCCCACAACAACACAUUGCGUUCCCAUUCACAGCAUCAUCCCCUACCCCAUCCAUCUCGACCCCAACCUCAGACACAUCAAAGCUGCAGAGGCUGGUGGAGAAGUUGGAAAAAGAACCACAAGGUCAGUCAAAGUGGGUUUCAUCCAUUGGGGAGACUUCUACCAGUGGCCAUAGUGUAGCAGGAGCAUUAAGCUAUAGCAGCAGUGGUUUAAUGAGCACAAGCACAUUCAGUACUAAUGUGGUCACCUCACUUCCAUCAUCUACAAUCCAAAUACCAUCAUCCCUCUUCAGCAAGGAGUCACCCUACCUAGGACUUAUGAAUUCUGCUGGGACACUUGCCCCUAAUCAGUGUAGUGUGUGUCUGAGGGUGCUAAGCUGCCCAAGAGCAUUACGUUUGCACCAGGCUACACAUUUAGGUGAGCGUCCCUUCCCCUGCAAGCUAUGUGGUCGUUCCUUCUCAACUAAAGGAAGCCUUCGAGCACAUCUUGCCACCCACCGUGCCCGCCCUCCAAACAGUCGUGCCCAGAAUUCUUGCCCCUUAUGCCAGCGGAAGUUUACCAAUGCCCUUGUACUACAACAUCAUAUCCGCAUGCACUUAGGAGGACAGCUACCACCAGAGCACAUGCCAGAUACCUCAACAGAAUGUGAUAUUUUGCCCCAUUCUGAGUCUAUUGAGCUUUCUGCUUCAGAAAACAGCCCUAGUGCUACAGAUGUUCAGUUACUGGAUGCUGAUCUACAGACAGUUUCGGAUUCUAGACAUACUGAAUCCCUUGCUGUCAGUACUGCUCCUACAGCAUGUCCCAUAACCUCUAGCCUACCGGCUUCACUUAGCUCAAAUUUUGUACCACCUUUAGACCUAACCUCUGACCCAUCCCUGAAUCCAACCCCUCAUUCACCUACAAUAUUCAGAGCUGAUCCCCCUGAGCUCUCAAUCAGUGUACCUUCUGCAGUGGAAUCUGCAGCCUCCCUUUUCUUUCCUUCCACCCAGUCAGCAUCAGCAACAACUGGUCCUUCUACCACUGAUGAACUAUCUUUUGAAAUUUCCAGCAACACUACCUUCUUGGAAGAUAAAAAGAUAUCAUGCUCUUCUGCUCUGAAGAAAGCAAGUCCACUAAGAGAUGACUGUGAACAUAGUGAAAAUAUAUGUGACUCACCUAUUCCUUUCUCUGAAUCCAGAUCAAAUCUGGAGGAUCUUCUUAGUAUACAAGCACAUAAUGCAUCCAGAGUUCCUCCACCACAUCCAGAAUCAACACCACCUUCUCUCCUUGCGCUGAGAUCUGACAGUGCAUCUUCUCAUAUAGUACACCUAGAGGAGCCUGACCAAAGCCUUCUCCAAACAUCCAAAUUAAUCCCCCAAGAGUUCCCUAAGGAAGAAAAGUCGGAAGAUAAAAUACAUAAAACACCAAAGAAUGGACAAAGAACAACUCCAGAUUUGAGUAUUAAUGCAGAUACAGUAUCAGACACUGUAAAUAAGACAAAUGAGGAUGAGACUGAGGAUUGUGACACACGUGUACAGAAGACCAUAACGGAAGCUCACUGUAGUUCAACUGCAAAGGAUAAAGUGGAUAAAGAUAUAACAGGAACUGAAAUGGACAGAACAGAAUCAACUGUAUGCAUAUCACUGACUCCCAGUCUUCCACCUCCAAUGCCAGAAAAAAAAAUAUACCACUGUUCUGAAUGUGGAAAGGAGUAUGCAAGUCGCAGUGGACUUAAGGGACACAUGAAGCACCAUGGAGGAGUCGUCAAGGCACCCCGAGCUCCUGCAAAGACCAAGGGCCCAGAGAGAGUGUUGCAUCAUGAGCGGUCACAAACUCACCACCUUGCAACCUUCCUGCCACCAGGACAUCAAGUAUGAAUCUCAUCUACAGUGAUGUUAUUCUUCCUUGGUGGUCUGAGGGAAACACAGUUUUCUUCACAUACAGGCAUCCCUAAUCCGUUCACUCCCUAACACAAUCAAACUCCUCUGCACUGCUUCUGUGUGUGCCACAUCAAGCGCAGUGAGGGAGAGACUGGAGGAAGCGUUGACAAUCUGUCUGAGGACUGGCCUCUAAUCUCUUGCACCAUGACAACCAUGCAGAGGCACAUAAGGAAGACAGAAGGAAGCAGAGUGUAGUCUGUGUUUAUGUGUAGCAGUAUGUGUAUAUUGGUGUGAUGUUCCAAUUCUGUAUGUAUGGGUACUAAAUUUGCAUGAAAAUAGUUUGCAGAAUUACAAUUACAAAAUGCUGCACCUGAGAUGGUCACGUGUGUAAGCUCACUAACAGGGUAGACUAUUCGUAAACUUCACAAAGCUGGACUUCAU